ACAUUUUUUCCAUGCAUGUAGAUGUAGCAUGUAGUUCAAAUCAGCACGCAAUAUAAAUGAUUCAAGUACGAAAUUUGUAUGCCGAAUGAGCGCAGGAUAGUCGCUCACAAAAUCCAAAUAAGGCAUCGACUAACAUUCUUCUUUUGGUUUAUCAGAACGAGUUUCUUAUCGAUUGAUAAGUGUGUGGCAACGCCGGUGUUUUGUCAAAUUUGCUUAUUGUGAUUGCCAAUAUACGGUCACAUCUAACCAACUGCAGCCAUUAAAGCAAGUUUCGCAAAAUGUUCAAAAAAUUCGAGGAAAAGGACAGCAUCUCAUCGAUACAGCAGCUAAAAUCGUCCGUACAGAAAGGCAUACGUACAACACUAUUGAAGGCAUAUCCAAAACUAGAAACGCACAUUGAUUUAAUAUUACCCAAGAAAGACUCGUACCGCAUUGCCAAAUGCCACGAUCACAUCGAACUACUGCUAAAUGGUGCCGGUGAGCAGGUAUUCUUUAGACAUCGGGACGGACCAUGGAUGCCCACGUUGCGUCUGCUGCACAAAUUCCCAUACUUUGUUACCAUGCAGCAGGUGGACAAGGGAGCCAUUCGAUUUGUUUUGAGUGGCGCCAAUGUCAUGUGUCCUGGAUUAACGUCGCCCGGCGCCUGCAUGACGCAGGCGGAAAAGGGCACAGUUGUUGCAAUUAUGGCCGAAGGCAAAGAGCAUGCGCUGGCAAUUGGACUACUGACGCUUUCCACAGAAGAUAUAUUGAAAGUAAACAAAGGCAUCGGCAUUGAGACGUAUCAUUUCCUUAAUGAUGGCCUCUGGAAAUCGAAACCCGUGAAGUAGAUUGCAUAGCCGGCUAGCAUGGCUAGUUAAUGGAGCUGCUGCAGCAGCGCUCGCCAUGCACUCGCGUCCUACUACAUAGUCUUCGAGAGCAAAAGAAUGGUCCU